AUGUCAUCUAACGCUGUUAUUUCAGAAGAUGAAUUAGUCUCAUUAUUCAGCAAAGCUGGAUUUGAAGACAAGAAAGCAAAAGAAAUUGUUAAAAAUAAGAAAGUUGCCCUGUCAUUAUACAAUAUCUUAGAUAAGAAUACUGAAGGCAAUGAUGACAAAAAAUUGGCAUUAUUACAUCAAUUAGCCAUUCACGAAAGUAAAAAUGGUGUUGUUCCAAACCAUGACAUUAUUAUUGACAGUAUUCGUAAAGGUGACUUGAAAACUACUUUACAAGUUACUGAAGGUAUCAAAUAUUUACAAAACAAUGAAGCUCCUAUUGAUAAGGAAAAAUUCAACGAAGCCACUGGUGUUGGUAUUGAAAUUACCACUGAAGAAGCUAAAGCUGAAAUUGCUAAAUAUCUUGACUCUAUCAAAUCUGACUUGGAAACCAAGAGAUACUCAAUCUUAGCCAAAGUUUUGGUUGAACUUAAGAAUCAACCAACAUUGAAAUGGGCUCCACCACAAAUCUUUAAACCAAUUUUGGAUGAAGAAUUUUUAGCCAGAUUAGGACCAAAGGAUGAAAGAGACAACAUGAAAAAGAAGGAAAAGAAACCAAAAACAGCCGCCAAAGCCACUUCUAAUGCAGCUGCCAAAAAGAAUAUCUUUGAUGAACCAGAAAAAUCAAUGUUUGCUGAAGGUUUCCUUGGGGCAUUGCAUAAACCAGGUGAAGAACCACAAAAGUACCCUGAAUUAUUGGAAGAACACAGAAAGUUCAUCAAUGGUAAAGUUCUUACUCGUUUCCCACCAGAACCAAAUGGUUUCUUGCACAUUGGACACUCAAAAGCUAUCAUGGUUAACUUUGGAUAUGCUCAAUAUAAUGGUGGUAAAUGUUACUUGAGAUUUGAUGAUACCAACCCAGAAGCUGAAGAAGAAGUUUACUUUAAUUCUAUUAAAGAAAUGGUUUCCUGGUUAGGUUACAAACCUUGGAAGAUUACUUAUUCUUCUGAUUACUUUGAUCAAUUGUAUGAAUUGGCUAUUCAAUUAAUCAAAGCCGACAGAGCCUAUAUUUGUCACUGUACUCCAGAAGAAGUCAAGGUUUCUCGUGGGUUGAAAGAAGACGGUACCUUGGGUGGUGACAGAGUUGCUUGUAAACACAGAUCACAAUCAAUUGAACAUAACUUGCGUGAAUUUGAAGCCAUGAAGGAUGGUAAAUAUGCUGUUGGAGAAGCCACUUUAAGAAUGAAACAAGAUUUAGAAUCUCCAUCUCCACAAAUGUGGGAUUUGGUUGCUUACCGUGUUUUGAAUACUCCACAUCACCGUACUGGUGACAAAUGGAAGAUUUAUCCAACUUAUGAUUUCACUCAUUGUUUGGUUGAUUCUUUUGAAAACAUCACUCAUUCUUUAUGUACCACUGAAUUUGUUUUGUCCAGAGAAUCUUAUGAAUGGUUGUGUGAUGCUUUACAUGUUUAUAGACCAGCACAACGUGAAUAUGGUAGAUUGAACUUGACUGGUACUAUUAUGUCCAAGAGAAAGAUUGCCAAAUUGGUUAAUGAAGGAUAUGUUAGAGGAUGGGAUGAUCCAAGAUUGUACACUUUGGAAGGUAUCAAAAGAAGAGGUGUUCCACCAGGUGCUAUUUUGUCAUUCAUCAAUACUUUAGGUGUCACUACUGCUACUACAAACAUUCAAUCUGUCAGAUUUGAAAGCGCAGUUCGUAACUAUCUUGACCAAACCACUCCUAGAUUAUUGAUGGUAUUAAACCCUGUCGAAGUUGUCAUUGAUAAUGUUGAUGAAGAUUUCAGUUUGGAUGUUGAAAUCCCAUUCCAACCAGGUAAAGAUGAAAAAUUAAUGGGUUCUCGUAAAUUGACCUUUUCCAAACAUUUCUACAUUGAUGCUAGUGAUGUUCGUGAUGAACCAGCUGACAAAGAAUUUUACAGAUUGGCUCCUGGCCAACCGGUUGGUUUAAUUAAAGUUCCAUUCAACAUUAGUUACAAAUCCAUUGAAGAAAAAGAUGGUAAAAAGAUUGUUCAUGUUAACUAUGAUGAAGGUAUUAAAGCCAAACCAAGAACAUAUAUCCACUGGGUUCCUAAGAAAUCUGCUGUUCCUGUUAAGGAAGUUAGAAUCUACAACCAAUUGUUUAAUAGUGAAAACCCAUCAGCUCAUCCAGAUGGUUACUUGAAGGAUAUUAAUCCAGAUAGUGAAGAAGUUUUAUCUAACGCUGUUAUUGAAGAAAAUAUCAAGGAAAUCAUUACUAAAUCUCCAAUGAAUGUUGAAAUUCCAAACAGUGAAUUCAACAUUAAAGAAAAUGCAGGAAACAAUACCGUCAGAUUCCAAGCUUUGAGAGAAGGUUAUUUCUGUUUGGAUAAAGAUUCUAAAGAUGAUUCUUUGAUCAUCAACAGAAUCGUCAGUUUGAAGGAAGAUGCCGCUAAGAACUAA